AUGGACAAGCUGAUGCUUUUGACCUUGGUCUUCACCAGCUUUCUUUCAGAAGCCUUCACUCAGACAGACCUCAGGGGAAAAGUGUUUGUGUUUCCUACAGAAUCUUCAAGAGAUCAUGUAAAUUUGAUCUCACAGCAGGAGAAACCUUUGCAGAACUUUACCUUGUGUUUGCGAGCCUAUAGUGAUCUUGUCCGUUCCUACAGCCUCUUCUCUUACAAUGCCAAGGGCAUGAACAACGAACUACUCAUCUAUAAAGAAAGAACUGGAGAAUACAGUCUAUACAUUGGAGGAAGAAGAGUCACAUUUAAAGUGAUGGAAAUGCUCCCUUCCCCUGUACAUCUCUGUGCCAGCUGGGAGUCCUCCACUGGCAUUGCUGAACUUUGGAUCAAUGGAAAGCCCUUGGUGAAGAAGGGUCUGCGGCAGGGGUAUGCUAUAGAAGCUGGAGGCAACAUUGUCCUGGGACAGGAGCAGGAUUCUUUGGGAGGGACGUUUGAUAAGAGCCAGUCUUUUGUGGGAGAGAUUGGGGAUUUGUACAUGUGGGACUCGGUGCUAUCCCCAGAGGAGAUCCUGAUUGUAUAUCAGGGUAGCAUUACCAGUCCUACCAAUCCGAAUGUUCUGAACUGGCAGGCUCUACACUAUGAAGUGAAGGGAUAUGUCAUCAUCAAGCCUCUUGUGUGGUUGUGAGAUCUUGCAUCCACAAGAGGUCCUGACAAUGAAGUGCCCAACACCUCAGAUAUGUUUCUCAGAAUCACUGCAUACUAGAUCCUAUACCUGUCAUUCUUUCCUGGUUGAGUCUCUUAUCUUUAUCUGCCUAAU